UGGAGUUUGACUUUCUGUUACUGUCAUAAAUAUAAAGAUAGUUAAUAUCCUCGUGAUGAGCAGAAAGACACCGACUGACAUCCUCCUGCAGGGACUGGAGGAUCUUGCAGAGCAAGACUUUAAAAAAUUUAUACACAAAUUAUCUGAGUUUGCCUUUGAUGACAAACCUUCAAUCCCCUGGUGUAAACUGGAGAAGGUUGACAGGAUAGAUGCUGUGAGACUCCUGAAAGAACAUUAUGACCAGGAGAACGCUGUGGACAUAGCUAUCAAAAUCUUCACUAACCUCAAUCUCAACAACUCUGCCAUGAAACUCAAACAGGAAAAAGAGACAGGUUUGGGUCCUUGGCAAACACCUGAAAGAUCAGCAAAUGCUUACAGAGUGACGUACAGAGAACAUAUACGAAACAAAUACACCACAAUAAAAGACAUGAACUCUCGUCUUGGUGAAAAUGUGAAGCUAAACAGCAGAUACACAAAGCUGAUCAUUGUAAAUGAACAUCGUUCCAAAAAGCAGAGAGAACAUGAAAUAAUGGCCCUGGGAAGGAGACAUGCAGAGAUCAUGGCUGAGCGCGCUAGUCCUAUCACCAUAGCCAAUUUAUUUGAAUCUGAUAGAAAUGGACAGUCACCACAAAUUGUUGUACUCCAGGGAGCUGCAGGGAUUGGAAAAACACUGACAGCAAAAAAGAUCAUGUUGGACUGGGCAAAUGAAGAACUGUAUCAGAACAGAUUUGAUUAUGUUUUCUACAUAAAUUGUAGGGAAAUUAACUUUGUCAGAGAGCAGAGAAGUGUUGAAGAUUUAAUUUUAGAAAAUUGUCCUGAUCAAAAUGCACCAGCUAAAGAGAUUCUGAUGAAUCCAGAAAAACUCCUGUUCAUAAUUGAUGGUUUUGAUGAACUGAGAUUUUCCUUUAAUCAACCGAGUAUUCAGUGCUCUGAUCCCUGUGAGAAGCAGCCAGUAGAAAUCAUACUGAGCAGUUUAUUUAGGAAAAAAGUGCUUCUCAAAUCUUACUUAGUAAUUACUACAAGACCAAUUGCCCUGGAGAAACUUGGGCAGUGUUUGAAAGAUGAACGUUAUGCAGAGAUCCUAGGAUUUUCUGAAAAUGAGAGAAGAGAAUAUUUCUACAAGUUCUUUGGGAAUGAAGAACAAGCAAGAAAAGCCUUUAACUUUGUAAAAGACAAUGAAAUGCUCUUCACCAUGUGCUUUGUUCCCCUUGUGUGUUGGAUCAUCUGCACGGUUCUGAAACAGCAGAUGGAAGCAGGUGAAGAUCUUGCACAAACUUCCAGUACAAUCACUGGAGUGUACAUGCAUUAUCUUGACAGUUUAUUAAAGGGUCACAGUAGCACUUCAAAGCAACAGGUACAAGAUAAUUUAAAGGGACUUUGCUCCUUGGCUGCAGAUGGAGUCUGGAAGAAGAAUAUACUGUUUGAGGAAGAAGAUGUCAAGAAACACGGAUUAGAUAAACCUGAUUCCCUCUUUCUGAAUGAGAACAUGUUUCAAAAAGGCAUUGACUGUGAGUGUGUUUACACCUUCAUUCACUUGAGUUUUCAAGAGUUUUUUGCAGCUUUGUUUUAUGUGCUGGAGAAAGAAGAAACGGAGGAAAAUUCAGAAACUGCUAUACAACCUGUGGAAAAAUUGUUUGAAAAGUGUGAAAAAUCUAGGAAUGAUUUAAUGUUAACAGUGCGAUUCCUGUUUGGUCUCGUAAAUAAAAAGAGAAUGGAGGAGAUGGAGAAAAAACUUAGCUGCAAAAUUUCACCCAAAAUUAAAAAUAAUUUACUAACAUGGGUUAAAGAAAAACUCUCUUUGUCAUUGUUCAAAUAUGAUAUGUUGCCUUUUGAUGAGGACACGACGAUUUUGUAUUUUGAAUAUUUUCACUGUUUGUAUGAAAUUGGAGAAAGAGAAUUUGUUCAGAGUGCAAUGAAUCAUUUAACUGAACUAAAAUUACUUCAUCAUACCUUUACCAAAAUGGAUCAAAUUGUUCUUCAAUUCUGUUUAAAGAAUUCCUGUAAACUGGAGUCAGUUUAUCUAGACACCUGUACAUUUCUAACUGAAGACCUGAAUGAAGAUUCCCCAAGACCAUGCAAGCGGCCACAUGGGGCAAAACAUCAGCAUGAGCUGCAUCACUCACCUAUUUACCUGUUCUGUGAAGCAUUGAGGGAUCACAAACUGUAAAUUAAAGAAA